UUCCAUUUACGGUCUUGUGUCGACUUGUAUUUGCGUAUGUUGAAUCAAUUCAUUCAUUCGUGUGAAACUUCCUCCUAGCUAGCUAGCAAACCUUCAACCUAUAUAUAUUUAUAUGGUACUACUGCAUUCGAUCACCAACUACGGACUGAUUCUUAUUCAUUAGCUUCUUCAUUCGAUUUCGAUCAUCAUCAACUCCAUCACUUCCUGUACAUGUUAGUCUGUUUCAAAUUUCCUCGAUCUCAUCCAUCUUUAAUAGCUUUAUCUCCUGGCUGGAUAGUUAAUUAGCUAGCCAACAGUUUAUUUGUACGUCAUCAAGCUAACUAGCUAAUCCAAUCUUCAUCACUGGCUUAUGGAGUAUCCUCAUACCUCUAGCAAAGAAAAGCAGGUUGAUCAGCAGGGAGAUAGUCUGGAAGAAGACCUGCAAUGUGUGCGAAAAGAGAAUGAAGCUCUAAGAUUCCUACUUGAAGCUAUGAGCAGAAAGUACACUAGACUUGAGUCCCAGCUCCAACUGAUCCGACUCGAUCUCCAACAAAACAAGUCUUCAACACACGAUGAUCAUGAUCAUCAUGAGAUGACUACUACUGGCUCAGGAUGCUCAUCAUAUGAUAUUUUUGAUCCAACUGCAAACAAGAGGGCAAGAACAACUGCUUUUUCUCAUUGUGAUCACCAGCAGCAUCAUCACUUUCCAGUAGCCAAUAAGACAUCGCAGUUCCUAGUGAGAACCGACUCUAAAGACAACACCCUUAUUGUGAAAGAUGGAUAUCAAUGGAGGAAGUACGGGCAGAAGGUGACCAAGGACAACCCAUCAUCCCCUCGAGCUUAUUUCAGGUGCUCCAUGGCUCCAACUUGCCCAGUCAAAAAGAAGGUACAGAGAUGCAUGCAGGACAAGUCAAUCCUUGUGGCAACAUAUGAAGGCCACCACAACCAUGACAUCAUCAAUAAUUCUAAUUCCCUACGGCUUGGACAAAUAAUUUCAUCUUCAUCUUCAUCACCACCAGCCCCAGCUCCUCAUAAUCAAAUUAUGUCUGUUGAUUUUCCUCCAGCAGUAGUACAUGGAUUGCUACAGAGCAGCAGUACUAGUACCGCAGCUGACCCUAUUACUAUGAGGAGUCCUCCUUCUCGGCGGGAGCCUAUCACGCUUGAUCUUACUCUCUCCGGCUCUAAAUCCAAAUCCAAUCAAGAAGAGAACAGACCAGGACGAGGAAGCCCUGCUGGUACUACUAGUACUAGUACUAGUACUAGUACUAGUACUACUGAUCAGACCUGUGAAAAUGAGAAAAUACAAGAAUACGUUACUUAUCUAACCAAAGAUCCGAAUUUCACUGUAGCUUUAGCUGCUGCUGUUGCCCGCUCCAUUAAAACUGAUCAACCUGCACGUAACCCCUAAACCAUUGUAUUAAAACCAUUGAAUAUGGUACGUUAGAUAAGUUUCGCAGAUUGUAGCUAGGUAGGUUAAAGCAGUGGCGGAGCCGAGGAGGCAGAAGUUUUUUUCUGUACGUGGAGGCAAUCAAUCGUAGAAAAUUUUUAAAUCUCACAAAUAUCAUCCAUUAAUAAGAAAUUUCAAUAUGUGUGUGUACAUAGAGAAAAAAUACAGAAAAAUUCAUGUAAUAUGAUAAUUGUAGGAACUAAUUACAUUUAAUUUCUGGACAUAAUUUAGAUGUAAAUCUAUUACAAAAAAUUUCAAUGGGGGCCACAGCCCCCUGUCGUCGUAUAUUGGCUCCGCCGAUCAAAGAUGUAGAGGAAUGGAUGCCCAUGGUGACCGGAAUCAAUAGAGAGUUGUGUCUGCUAGACUUUUUCUGUCUUUGCUAUAGUUGCUAGCUAGUAUUCAUUUUUGUUUGUUUAUAAAAGUAUUUGCGUUUCCAUCGGA